CUAGUCAGGCACGACACAGAAUUCCUAUGACAUCAGACAUACGCACGCUUUGGGGUCCUUCAGCUGAAUGGUUGAAGCGCCUAAUUUCUGUAUUAUAUUAUUUGAAAUGUCAGUAUUUGUAUCGCUCGUGGAUUAAGUUAUAUUUAUUGAUUCACCUUAUUGAUUUGAUUAAAGUGGGUGGUAAUGGAGGAGGUAGAUGUGGAGCCAACAACUACUCCUAUCCCUGGGUUCGACAGCAACCAAAAACACUUGGGAUUUGUGUGGGGUCCUGGAGAUAUCCUGGUUUAUGAGACCAUUUACAAAGCAUCAGGUGGAUCUGGGGGUUGUCCCUUUGUCCACGAGGUCAGGAAAGAUGAGGACAUCUAUUCCCCUAUUUUGCGUAAACUCUUCAAUGAGUCCCAUCACAUCUUUGUUGGUCUGCAGAGGAUCAGAGAGGAUCUGCCCAGCAAGAACAAGAAACCCCAGUUCGUCAGUAUUAGCAAGAACUACAGGUCUGUGAUUCGAGCAUGCAUGGAGGAACUACAGCAAGUCGCAGUUUCUACACAAGAUGCAGCAUUGGCUACACAGUAUGGAAAUCAGGUGUCAAUCCUGCUGGCAGUCGAGCUGAUCUGGAAUCUUUGUGAAGUGUUGUUCAUCGAUGCAGCUCCAGCUGGCUCCCUGGUGCUCCACCUGCUCGACUGGGUGAGGCUGCACAAGGCUGACGUGGAUGAGAAGGCCAGGGAGGUGCUGGCGAGUGAGAGCCCCGCAGAGCACCAGGCCUACUGGGACGUGGUGAUCAGCUACGUGCUGCAGGGCCGGAUGGACGAGGCCAGGCAGGUUCUGGUGAAACAGGCAGCUUUGCAGCCUGCAGCCAGGGUCAUGUUCAAGCUGCUGGACAACUUGCUCAUGAAGAUGCCCAUCUUCAAUCCUGGUGAGACUCAGACCCUGACAGAGUUUGAUGUAAAGUGGAGACACUGGCGUGAGGAGGUGGACCACUGUCUCCAGGACCAGUCCUUUGCCAGCAACCGCCACCUGGAGGACAUCUGUAAGAUCCUGGUUGGUGAUGAGGAUGUUCUCCUGGAGUACAAGGAGCUGCUGAGUACCUGGUAUCACUUCCUGGUCACCAGACUGCUGUUCUCCCACCCCACUGUCAAGCCCACAGAGCUGCACUACUACGCACAGUCUAGCAUGCACAUGUUCCUGGACACGAGGAGUGUCCCAGAGCCCCUGGACAGCAUCCUGCUGGCAGCCUUUGAGUUUGACAUCCACCAGGUCAUCAAGGACUGCAGCAUUGCUCUCAACAACUGGUGGUUUGUGGGGCAUCUGACUGACCUGCUGGACCACUGUAAACUGCUCCAGUCUCACAACCUACAUUUUGGCUCCAACCUGAGAGAGUUUCUACUGCUGGAGUACGCCUCAGGACUCUUCACCCAUCACAGCCUGUGGCAGCUGGCUGUGGACUACUUUGACCACUGUCCAGAGUUUGGCCGUGUGUACCUGGAGCUACAGAUAGAGCGUGUUCCUCUGGAUACGGAGCGCAAGGCCCUGAAGGUGAUCAGGAUCUGUGAGCAGAGGCAGAUGACUGAACAAGUGAGGAGCAUCUGUAAGAUCAUGGCCAAGAAGGCCCUGAGGAACAACAGACUGGGCUCUGCUCUCUCCUGGAGCAUCAGAGCCAAAGAUGCUGCCUUCGCCACCCUCAUAUCAGAGAGGUUUCUCCAGGACUACUGUGCCAAAGGGACCUUCUCUGAUCUGGACCUGAUUGACAACCUGGGUCCAGCCAUGCUGCUCAGUGACAGGCUUACUUUUCUAGGGAAGUACCGUGAGUUCCAUCGGCUGUACGGCGAGAAGCGUUUCUCGGAUGCCGCCAAGCUCCUCCUCUCCCUGAUGACGGCCAAGAUCGCCCCACAUUCCUUCUGGAUGACUCUGCUGACCGACGCCCUGCCCCUGCUGGAGCAGAAAGAGGUGAUCUUCUCUGCUGAUCAAACUCAUGAGCUGAUGUUCUGUCUGGAGGAGCUGACCUCCGGGAAGAGUGUUCCCACCCCAGACAGACCCAUGCAGGAUGAGGACAUCGAGACGACAAAGAUUGAGCUCCUGCGGCUAGCGCUAGCUCGUAACCUGGCCAUGGCCAUAGUGAAGGAGGGGACAGUGGAAGUUUGACGAGCACUUAUCUUUUUAUACUGUACAUAAAACAAAUAAAGUCUGAUCAAAAUGUGCUAUUUGAUAAUAAAGAAAUGCUUUGACAUGAA